AUGUGUUACUAUGCCAGGACCGAUUUCCGUUGCGGAGAUUGGAGAUGGGGAAAUAUGAAACAGCGUUGUCCUCGCCAACCUCGAAUUGGGGAGACGUGCGGCGCCAAACUUGUCGAUACCGACAAUCUGUCCAGAACUAAUGAAGAUUGUAAAAAUUGCCAGGAGAAGGCCGUCAAAGAGAGACGGCUUCAGAAGGAGAAGGACAACCUAAGACGAUGGAGGAGCGAAGGCGACAGAUUCGCGGCGAGUAUUGCCAAAGCCGAAGACGAGGUUACUCGCCUGGAGAAGCAGAUCGCAGAGUUAGAAUCCAGACGCACCUCUGUCGUGUUCAGCGCCAGAUCCGACUGGGUGGAGAGUCUGCCACGCAGUCAGUAA